AUCUACGAAACUUUAGUACUGUCAUCAGAACGUUCACUUGACGUCUCUCUCUCCUCCAUCUCCUUUGUAAGAGAAGUUUCGAACUCGAGAAAAUGGCGGUGGAUUCUCCUAAAGGAGUAAUCAUCGCUGCCGUGUUUCUACAUGCUGCGACGACCAUUGCUUUCGGCUCCGACUCGGUUCUCAAGCUGGAGAGGUUGAUUCCGCCGAGCCAUGAGCUUAGCUUGGCUCAGCUCAGAGCUUUUGAUUCAGCUCGCCAUGGAAGGUUGCUUCAGUCUCCUGUCGGCGGAGUUGUUGACUUUCCCGUCUAUGGAGCCUCCGAUCCGUUUCUCGUUGGACUUUACUAUACAAAGGUGAAACUUGGGACACCCCCAAGAGAAUUCAAUGUGCAAAUCGACACGGGAAGUGAUGUUUUAUGGGUUAGCUGCACUCCUUGCAAUGGCUGCCCCAAGACUAGUGAACUCCAAAUUCAGCUGAGUUUCUUUGAUCCUGGAGCCUCAUCCUCAGCUUCAAUGGUUUCAUGUUCAGAUAGGAGAUGCUACUCAAAUUUUCAGACGGAAUCUGGCUGUUCUCCGAAUAAUCUUUGCUCAUAUUCGUUUAAGUACGGUGAUGGAAGUGGCACUUCUGGUUACUACAUCUCUGAUUUCAUGUCCUUUGAUACUGUUAUCACCAGUACCUUGGCUAUUAACUCCUCUGCUCCCUUUGUCUUCGGGUGUAGCAAUUUACAAACGGGAGAUUUACAGAGGCCUAGGCGAGCAGUAGAUGGCAUCUUUGGGUUAGGACAGGGACGUUUAUCUGUAAUUUCACAGCUUGCUACUCAAGGACUCGCACCGAGAGUGUUCUCACACUGUCUGAAGGGAGAUAAAAGCGGUGGGGGUGUAAUGGUUCUAGGUCAAAUCAAGAGACCAGAUACUGUCUACACUCCUCUUGUUCCAUCACAGCCACAUUAUAAUGUGAACCUGCAGAGCAUUGCUGUGAACAGUCAGAUAUUACCGAUUGAUCCAUCUGUUUUCACAAUAGCCACUGGUGAUGGGACGAUCGUUGAUACAGGGACUACUCUUGCUUACCUUCCUGAUGAAGCUUAUGUUCCAUUCGUCCAAGCCAUUUCAAGUUCUGUUUCGCAGUAUGGGCGUGCCAUUACAUACGAGAGUUACCAGUGCUUUGAUAUCACAUCUGGUGCUGUUGAUGUCUUUCCAGAAGUUAGUUUGAAUUUCGCAGGUGGUGCAUCAAUGGUCUUAACCCCUCGUGGCUAUCUUCAGAUGUUUUCUAGUUCAGGAAGUUCAAUAUGGUGCAUUGGUUUCCAGAGAAUGUCACAUCGUCGUAUAACUAUUCUUGGAGGUAACGACCCAUAUUUUUGUAACUUUGAUCAAGUGAAACUGAAACAGAGCAAUUAUUUUUCUCAGUCGAGUUACACCUUGUUUGAUUGCUAUGCAGAUUUGGUUCUUAAAGACAAAGUGGUGGUCUACGAUCUUGUUCGCCAACGGAUUGGAUGGGCAGAAUACGACUGUUCUCUGGAGGUGAACGUUUCAGCGACAAGAGGAGGAAGAAGCAAAGACGUAAUAAACACAGGGCAGUGGAGAGAGAGUAGUACAAAGAGUAGUUAUACAAGUGAUUAUUACUACUUGUUACAAGUAGUUUUCAUCAUCAAUAUUUUGCUCUUUUGGAACUUCCGCUUCUUGUAGCUUUCUAGCAUUCACUCCCCCCCCCACAGAGGUUGGGACUUAUUGGUUGUAAUCUUAUCACAUAUAGUAUGUAUCAUUAAUUAAUUCUUACCAUCACACGAACUCAGUCUUAUAUGAAUUCUUAUCAAAUGAAGAAGGUUGAGUUACAUCAUCAA